GUACAAUAGCGAAGCUUGACUAGCAACAUGGCGGACGAAUCGGCGAACGAGGCUCACGACCUGGAGGGGACCUUCGCUAACAGAGCAACCGAAUGUGGUGAUUUAUUGCCGUACCUAAAAGGUUUGGUCUAUGAAGCUUUGUCUACUGUUGCUAGUAUGGAUCAAACGAAUCUAGAUUCGUGUUCUCUGAAGUUCAACAAGAAAUUGGAAAAUGGAGAUUUAAUCAUUCCAGCUUUUGUACGGAGUUAUCUUGGCGCUGACAAGGUGAUGAAAUUUGCCUUCUUUUGUAACUCACGUUUAGAGAAGGGCUUAACAUUGCUUAGAGAUAGCUUGAAAUUUUCCAUACAAGUGCUACAAGAAGUUUUCCCAAUGGGAAAAUGCUUGCAUUGACAUCUGGGUUAUUUAUUUGCUGAAGGAUUUAUCGCGUAUGAAUAAAGUUACCAUUACCAUUAUCGGGGGAGGGAGUGGGGGGGGGGGGGAGGGGAGGGGAGUUGGGUAGGUAGGUGAUGAUUAACGGUCAAUCGCCCAGUCUGAUCUUUUAAGGAUUUGUUUCUUAGGCUGACUGGCUUUUCUUUUAGGCAACUUGACUUUUUAUUCUGGGCAAUAUGACAAAAAAUUUGUGCAACAUGACUCAGGUUCUGGAAGACACAUGACUUCUGGUGAGAUGAUUUACAGGCAACUUGACCAGUUACCAAGGUGACAGGGGUAAGGUGGGGAGGUAGGCUGCCUCCUACUCUUUUCAAGUACAUUGUUGUCUACAGUCUUUCAACCGUAAAGGUUGAUAAAUAGCACGGUCAAAAGUGGAAAUCUGUUAGGUGUCAAAAACAAUAAAAUGUACGUGAUUUGUUUCAAGCAAAGUAACCAUAGCCCUUUAAAUAUGGGUUGUACUCCUAGCCUUUUAUGUGUUUUGGUAAUUUUACUUGAAUAUCUUGUUGUGAUUUAAAGUAGCCAGAAAACAGUAGUUGACAUGCAAAACACCAGCAAAUUCACAAUUUUUUAUCACCAUUUGAUCAUCAAGCCUGUUCCUUAUAAUUGUUUUUUAGAUAUAGGAAGCCCAAACUGUCUUGUAUGGUUAAUGACAGAAAUCAACUGGUUUCCUGUUCAUCAAAAUAACUCUCUCUUUCAGCCUCCUGCAUUAUGACUGAAAUACAUUUAGGACAACUCUUUUUUAGCUUUUAAGUUAUCAAAUAAAGAUAUCAAAUCACUCUCUUACAACUUAGUGAGGUGACUUUUCAUAAUUUUGAGAAAUGUGUACAUAAACAGAAUAUGGUAUGUUAGAAAACAUAUUUUGGCAAUUACUAUUUAUUAGUCCUGGUUAAUGAUAGAGAAUCGAAAGAGAGGUAUCUUUUAAUAAUAUUUUGUUUUGUGUUUGACAUUUUAGGUUGAAUUUCAAAGUCUCUGUCAGGAGAUAAGUGACCAUGUGUCUAAAGUUCAGUUUGUCAGACAGUGUUGUGUGACAAGUGGGGGACAUCUUCUGUUGAGUCUCAACAAGGCAGAUGUAACAAGUGCUGUGUUCAACAAUAUCAUCAAAGAAACAGAUCAAUAUGGACAGUCAAGCAAGCAGACACGUCAGUGUGUUUUAUUGAAUCCCUCUCUUUCAGUUCAUGUGGAGGAUGAAGGUCAUUUAAAUCUGGAUCAACUGAGAACAAUUCUCAUUUGCGAACACAUUAAGGAACUUUUAAAUGCAAAUGGGUAUGUACAGUUUAUGGCAGUUUCAAAUGCUUAAAUAAUAUACCUGGGUUGUCAUUAGAAAAAGUAAUGGAUGUAUGAUCAAAAUGAGUGGGUGGCUAAAUUGAAUCACACUUGCAAGACAAGCAUGGUAUGUAGUAAGCCAGCACAACCCUUUAGGAUGGGGAGGAGGGGGGGGUCUUGGGGCAUGCUUCCUGUAAAAUUUUGAAACUCUCUGAGAGGUAGUAUGUCCUAGCAUAUUGGGAUAUACUUGUAUCAUAUUUGAGUAACUUUAAACUUUUUCCUAGCAGACAUUGAUGUUAGAAUCAGUUAAAAAAUACUAGUCUUAUUUUCUGUACAUGUAUUUGAUCACAAUUUGCAAAGUAGCUAGUACAAAAUGGUCUGACAGAGAACAGAUUUGCCAUCACCUACUAUACACUGAUUGGCUCGGGUGUUGCUUUCCUGAGUGUUGGAUUAAUCAUAUUUUUGUGCCUCUUAAUUUUACAAUAUUUAUUACAGUGACAUGUAUUUGAAUAUUCUUUAGCAUUGACGUGAAAUCAGCUUUGGACUAUAAGAGCCAAGAAACUUGUACAUGUAAGGAUGCAAGUAUCCAAGGCUACCAGGAAACCUACAACCUCUUCUCUCCAUCAUUAUUUAAUGUAAGGAAAAUCAGCCUGUGGACAGAAAAAGACCUUACUACUAAAGCUGAAGAACUUUACGAAAUAUUAAAAAAUGGCAAAUAUGCGGACUCAUUGAACAGAAAGACUGGAAGGCAGGCCAUCCAUGAGGCUGAGCUUAGUUCUCUUUAUGAGAGUAAAUGUACUUGCCAAGACUCUGAUUUAAAUUGUGAUGAGGUUAUUUUGGAUUUGCCCAAUUUUUGCCAAGAUAAUGAGCUGCAUUCAGGUAAGUAUCUCAAAUAGCUCUUGUGUGACUUGUAAUCAAAACAUACACAGAUGUACAUGACGUUGUAUUAAAUUAAAAACAAUUUUGUUCCUUUCCAUUAUCCUGAACUUUAUGCUAUUUCACAUUGAUUUGUAUCAAAUAUAACAUUAUUCUUGAUGUCUUUAAACCCUUAAAACUCAAAACCUUUAAAUGAUUUUAUGAUUUUCUCAUGAUCUUAAUCAAGCUAGUCCUACAGGAAAAAAAGUAAUUUAAGAUUUUAUGGCAAAUCUGUUGGAGAAGAAAGUGACGUUGUUGCCAAGUGGUUGGCCAGUAGACUUUAGAUCUAGAAGUCUGGGUCUGAACUCCUCCUGGGUCAUUGUGUUGUGUUAUACUGUACCAAAAUACAUUCAGGACAUGACUUAAACUAAGCAGAGAUAUGAGUCAUUAUCUGAUUUUCUGCCAAAAGAUUUCUUUAUUACUCUGCUCAAUAGAUAACUUAUUUCUGUCUCCAGUAAUAAUAUUAUUAGUACCAUCAUGUCUUCAUUUGGUUCUGAUAAUAUUUUUUGUUUCAUUUUCAAAUUUGUCAUCUGGAAUGUUACAGUGACCCUAAAUAAAUUGUCAGGUAUGCAUCUCUUCAUAAGUAACAAAGUUCACAAGAUUAACAAACAACUUCAUAAGAUCAGACAGUUAUUUUAUGUUAUUGUGUGAGUCUGUUAGAAGUGAUCCAAAUAUCAGGUGACAAGGAUAGAGAGAAAACAAAUAAGCUCCAAAUUAGUAAAGAAGGGAAAAUGUUUCAUAAAUACCAAGUUGGCUGUCAGACGGAUUGGAAAGCUGUUUAUUGUAGUGCAGUGACUAUUAUGAAUAAAGCAAAGAGAUAAGAACUGUAAGUUGUUACUGCAGUAUCAUUUGCUACCAAGAGCAAGAUUAUUUUAAAAGCUGAAAUAUUUCUUUAGAUCGUUCUUGUUAUUUUUCUUUUCAGUUUCACCAACAAGUUCAAUUCUUCUUGAUGUGGCAAAGUUGGAUUUAGUUGAAAAAAAUGUAAGUUGGAAAAAAGACCAACCCCUUACUGUGUUAGAUAGAUAACAUACAUAUAUUAACAAUGUGAUGUGUUAUUGAAGAUUUUCCCUUGCUCUUUUUUUUUCAUGGAUGCAGACUGGAAAUUUAGAUAUGGUGGUUCACUUAACAAGCUGUAAACAAGCAUUUAGUCAACAGCAAACUAGCACAGUUUGGCAAAUGACAUCAACAAAUCUGGCCAUGAAGAAACAGGUACACAAAGUUGAAUGUGGUGUACAACUCAAGGGUGUGGUUCACCAGUAGUAGGUCCAGGUGAAAUGCAAUAACAUAUCUUAAAUACCUGUCCUAGUAAGGGAUUGGUAUAUAAGGUGAUGCCAACAAUUGGAUUUGGGAGAAGGGGGAGAAGGUGAACAGGUGUUGCUACCAAAUACAAUUACACAUGGAUAGAGCUCAGCAUGCACGGCAGUGACAAUAUGCUGGUUUGCUUGUAGGUGGCUCAGUCUACUGGCAUACACUAGGUAAAACUGGUGCUUCACUUUUUUUAGCUUUUUUAUCAAAUACUGUGAAGAGUUAGCUCAAUUUGUUUUUUUUAAUUUGUUAGCAAUAAUUUCCAUUUUCUAUUUUUAUUAUCAAAACAAGGAAAUGAUGUACCAAGAUAGGCAAUUGUCAUGAAAUUUGUUUGAGAGCAAUAGAAGUGAAUUAAGCAGGAAUAUCAUUGUAAAUGGUUUAAACAUGGGGGUAAAAAUCAGACUAUACAAUCACAGAAGUUUUAGUGUUACACACUUUCUUCCUUAAAAAAAAUGUACUAUAUGGAGUUUAGGAUAGAAAUUUCCAUGAAAACGCUUUGCAAUUGUUAAUUUGUAGGCAGAGUACACUGAGGAUGAGAAUUAUAAAAAACUUCAAUGUGAAAUUAUGGCAUAAAAAUUCAACACAUACUUUUGGGCAGUUCUGAUCCCAUCAAUUCAGCUGAAAUGUCAUACAGAUUAUCUUGCAACUAAUCAGUAUGUUUCUUGCAAUUUUAACUUGCUGCUUGUCUGUAUAGUUUUUCCUUUCACAUGGGCUUGUUUCAUUGUACAAAGAUGAGCAAAGACUUCACGAUCAUCUUGAUGUCUUGGAGUUACUAAGGUGGGUUGAGACAAAAUGUUGACUUUUGUUUAUAUAACAAACACAAUGUUUUUCUAUACUCUUAUGCUCUUGCUGCUAUUUUCAGUAAUUUAUUUUUAAUAGUAAUCAUGUCUUUUUUGUUAGAAUUCGUGAAAAACAACUUCGAGCUUCUUAUGUACUGAAGUAUGGCAAUAAAGUUGUAGGUAUGAGCCUGAAGUCAAAAAUAAACUUGUAGUUGAUACAAUCUCAGAUUAAGAAAAGUCACUGAUGGAGUAGUAUAGUGAUGGUGUUGUUAUUCAUCCACAAGGUCAUGGCUGGGACACAUCAAUUAGGGAAAUGGCGGUGGCUGCAAUCAAAUUAGAAACUCUUUCUUCUGCUCCAAACAGUGAAGUGAGUAUUACAAGGCUGUUCUUUGAGGAUAAAGUUAGGAUUUCAACAUAGAUUGGCCAGUUGACUGCCAAACGUAUGUUGCAAAUUUUGAGAUUUUGGCAAAAAAUAUGAACAUCAAAAUGUUUUUUAUUCUGGAGCCUUGCUUUAAGGCAGACAAACAAAGGUGUUAAACACUUGUCAUGAGUGUGCAACAGAGAAAAAUCUAAGUACCACAUGAGCAUUUGAGCCACAGAUUUUAUUUAGUUUAGAUGUUCUAGCUACCACUGUGGUACAAAGAACUUAUUAAUAAGCUACAGUUAUGCCACAGACAAGUGGGCUCAUCUAGGUUCUUAUUAACUUGCAUUGUUUGACUCUGUACAUCAAUUGUAGAACAUCCAGUUCUACUACUAAUGUACUUCAGAGUUAGAAAGUCUGAGGAUUCAAAUUCUUUUCCUUUGUUACACACACACACACACACACACAACAUUGGAUAUUAUUAUCAUGUUUCACAUGGUGUAAUAAUCUGAUUCUUGUAGUGGUGGUAACUUUGGAAAAAAGAAAAGUAGUAAAUUAUUAGUAAAAUAUGUGUUACUAUUGGCAGAUAAAAAUUGACAUAAGUGAAACCUCAAGAGAAUUCAGGCAAGCCACCUUUGUUUUAUACAACUGUGCCAGGCUUGCUAAAUUAUUUGCAAACUUUGAGGAGAAUGUCCAGAAAGGUGAGAACAACUGUUUUUACAUGUUAGAAAUGAUAAAUGUUUCAGUGAGAGUUAAAUGAAAAAUUAAUGGUUGUGAUGUCAUGCUUUCAUCUGUUAAAUUAUUUUUUAGAAAUAUUUAUUUAUAAAAGCAAUAGAGAACUUUUUCAUAUCCUCAUCUAAAUACUCAGGGGUUGGAAGAAUUCUUGAAAGUUAUGCAAACCCUCAACUGUUUCUCAAUUGCCCCCUUGAGUGAUCUCUGUUCUUGUGAACAAUGAUCACUCAAUGGGUCAAAAGGUGAAUUUGUUACUAACUAGAACCUUUUAAAUUCCGUCAGGUGUUUAUCCAGCACUACCUCCCGUCAGUGAGGUGGAUUUUAGCCUGCUACGUGAUCAUGUAAGUGACUUCUGACAGAAACUGCAAUGGCUUGUAUGAAGAAUAUCAGUUAGAGAUCCUUUGAAUUUUUGGGACUGCACAUGUCUGAAAGCACAGUGUCUUUCUACCAAUAAAUUAAGGAGCUAUGAGUUUCAGAGGUAGGGAUUAGGAAACCUUGGAUGUUGCAAAAAGUAACAACACAUAUUUACCAGUCAAUGUAACUUGAUCUGUCUACGGAAGUUUACCUUGAUUUUGUUUCAGUCAGUCCCACUUUUCCUUCCUCAUUUUUCACCUUAGUGUAAGGUUAUUAUGUUUUAUGCUACUGGGAUAGGUUUGCAAAUUGUCCUAAAGUUAACCAAAUAAAUUGAACCUUGAAAUUGAAUUAAAAAAUUUACAUCACCAAUAACGAAUGUUUAAUUCUGUAAACCAAUGUUUAAAACUGCAGGUAUACCAUGUUUUAAUCAAAAAAACUAAGUCCUAUUAAUUUCAGUUGUUUUUUGUGCUUCAAGGAACAGGAAAUCACGAAUUAAUUGUCUUUCAGAUAUAAAUAUACUCUGUGGUUCUAUUGAUUCAUUAUGUAUCUGAGCCAGAGAAUUCUUUGUUUUCUUAAACAGGCUGAAUGGGAGUUGACUUUACAUUUUAUAGUAGCUUUUCCAUCUGUGAUUAAGGGUGCUGUCUCUGGACUGAAAAUGUGUACAUCAAAAUCUCAAAAUGUCAUUAUUCACUCAAAUAAGGUCAGUAAAGUGUACAUUUCAGUAGAGGAGGUGUUAAUACUGUAAUUGUUAAUUUUGAUACCUUUGGUCAAUAAUAAAAAGUUGAGUGCAUGCAAUCAUGGAUUAUUUAUACCCACACUCAUUAACACACUGUGCUCUCAGUCUUUAUUCAUUGAACAUCUCAGCCAUACGAGGGCAAGGGCUGCAGUAUCUGUGGAACAAUUAGUGAUUAUUACAGAAACUGUUUCUUCUUUUACUUUCAUUGCGUCUUUUUCAGAAACCUUAAGUAAGAGAUUGUGUGGUGUUAAGUAAGAAAAUCUUACUUUUUUUGUUUGGGCUAAUUAGGACGACAUGUUUAGACAUCCUCACCUGAUACGAAUGUGUUUCCCUGUUAAAUGUUGAUUGCUUGAACGAACAGGUGAUAUUCCUUGAGACUGAGCAGCAGUUUAAUUGUCUUACUAUUUCACAAACUUACAAGACGUCGCACUAAAUAGUAAAAUGAUGAUCCUGCUGAAUUGUAAGUAAUUAAACUGACUGGUAUAAUUAUUCAGGAAGUACUUAAAGUGCAUGGUCUUUGCAAUUUUUCUUAACCCUUACUGAACAAUUUUCAUAUUCGCCAGAAUGCAAAUAGACCACUAUUUGAUUUUUAACAGGGUAAUUUAGUACUAUCAACUGAGUUGAUAAUGUAAUUUGGCCACCGUUUGAUAACUCUAAAUUACCCUGUUAUACUUUCCCACCGAC